CUGCUCCUCUUCUCUGCGCGUCUCCGUGUUUCUGGGUUUUUGGGGUUUUUGAGGGUUUUAGGGGGUUUUGGGUUUUUGGGGUUUGAGCUCCAGCAGCAGAACAGCAGCGGAUCUUUGUCCUCGCGGCUGCACAGACCGGCUGUUCUCUGAAAGCCUCGUCCUCCCCCCGGUGGAGGAAAACCCGGACGGAGGCCCGCAGAGUCCCGUAGCCUCCCGCAGGCCUCCGGCCCGGACCCUGCUCUUCUCCCGGUAACAUGGACGGAUUCACCGGAAGUUUAGAUGACAGCAUGUCUGGAGCGAGCGUGUCCGAUGUGAACGACCGUCUCUCAGCUCUGGAGCUGCGUGUCCAGCAGCAGGAAGACGAGCUGACGGUGAUGAAAGCUGCUCUGGCUGAUGUCCUGCGUCGCCUCGCCGCCUCGGAGGACUCUGCUGCCUCCGCCAGCAAGAAGCACGCAGGGAAAGGCGGUGCAGCGCUGCGUGAAGCCUACUCGAUGUCUUGCAUCACAAACGGAGGAACAUCUGGACGGAAGAGAGAUUCCACAUCUGUCACCAGGAAGGAGACGUUGUCAUCUGCCGCCAAGAGUGGAGCAGACAGGAAGAAGGAAGUCAUCGGUCAGCGCUCCCCCAUGGAGGAGAUCCAGGAGAACCCGUCCCCCUCCCCCUCCUCCCCUCACCCCCCCCAGUCCCCCCAGCAGAGGCCGGCCCCCCCCUCCGACAGCAGCAGAGGCCCCGGCCCCCCCAAAAGGGGUCCCAAUGUGAAGCGGGCCUCAGGUAUGGAGCGGUCUCAGAGCAGCACCUGGGAGACUUCAGAGGAAAACAGGAACAAACUGGUGAAAGCUGCGUCCACCUCAAAGCUGCUGGCCAAGGUGGUGAAGACUGCAGAGAGACACAAGGACCCGGUGGUCAAUCAGGCUAAAAUGUCGACUCGAGAGAAAAACAGCCAAUCAGAGGGAAAUCACAUCAAGAUGUUCAUGCGCGGCCGACCGAUCACGAUGUUCAUCCCGUCAGACAUCGAGAACUACGAGGACGUUCGCUCAGACCUUCCACCCGAGAGGCUGAAGCUGGAAUGGGUGUACGGGUACCGUGGCAGAGACUGCAGAGCCAACGUCUACCUGCUCCCCACCGGAGAGAUCGUGUACUUCAUCGCGUCCGUCGUGGUGCUGUUUAACUACGAGGAGCGCACGCAGAGACAUUACCUGGGACACACCGACUGCGUCAAGUGUCUGGCCGUCCAUCCGGACAAGAUCCGCAUCGCUACGGGUCAGAUCGCUGGAGUGGACAAGGACGGCCGGGCGCUGCAGCCUAACGUCCGGGUCUGGGACAGCGUGAGUCUUUCCACUCUGCAGAUCAUCGGUUUGGGAACGUUCGAGCGAGGCGUCGGCUCGCUGGCCUUCUCUAAAGCUGACUCAGGGCAGCACCUCAGUGUGAUUGACGACUGUAACGAUCACAUGUUGACAGUUUGGGAUUGGCAGAAGAAAUCAAAGAUUGCUGAAAUCAAGACCACUAACGAGGUGGUCCUGGAUGUGGAGUUUCAUCCCACGGACCCAAACACCAUCGUCACCUGUGGAAAGUCCCACAUCUUCUUCUGGACCUGGAGCGGAACCUCGCUGGCCCGUAAGCAGGGCAUCUUCGGGAAAUACGAGAAGCCGAAGUUCAUCCAGUGUCUGGCCUUCCUGAGCACCGGAGACAUCCUGACCGGAGACUCUGGAGGAGUCCUGCUGGUCUGGACCAGGAGCUCUGCAGAGACGCCCACUGGGAAGGGCCCCCGAGCGUUUCAGAUCGUGCGGCAGGUCAAAGGUCACGAGGGCAGCGUGUUCUGUAUGUGUGAGAUGCGGAGCGGCACUCUGCUGACCGGAGGAGGGAAGGACCGUCGCAUCGUCCUCUGGGACCACGAGCUGCGGGCGGAGCGGGAGAUCGAGGUCCCGGAUCAGUACGGAACCAUCAGAGCCGUGUCGGAGGGGAAGGGGGACGAGUUCCUGGUCGGGACGUCACGAAACUUCAUCUUGAGAGGAACCUUCAACGACGGCUUCACUGUGGAGGUCCAGGGUCACACAGACGAGCUGUGGGGGCUGGCGUCUCACCCGACCCGGGACAUGUUUCUGACGUGUGCUCAGGACCGGUUGGUGUGCGUCUGGAACUCGACCAAUCACAGGCUGCAGUGGAGCCGCACGCUGGAGGAACAUGGACACUGUGCCGACUUCCAUCCCAGUGGAGCCGUGGUUGCCAUAGGAACACACUCAGGAAAGUGGUACGUUCUGGAUGCUGACAGCACCGACCUGGUGGCGAUCCACACCGACGGCAACGAGCAGCUGUCUGUCAUGCGCUACUCUGAAGAUGGCUCCCUGCUGGCUGUGGGGUCACAUGAUAACUUCAUCUACCUGUACACAGUGUCAGAGCGAGGACGCAAAUACAGCCGCUACGGGAAAUGCACAGGACAUUCCAGCUACAUCACACAUCUGGACUGGUCACCUGACAACAACUUCAUCAUGUCCAACUCUGGAGACUACGAGAUCCUCUACUGGGACGUUCCAAACGGAUGUAAACUGAUCAGAAAUCGUUCGGAGUGUAAAGACAUCGACUGGGCGACUUACACCUGCGUGCUGGGAUACCACGUGUUCGGUGUGUGGCCGGAGGGAUCAGACGGCACUGACAUCAACGCUCUGAUCAGAUCUCACAACAGGAAGGUGAUCGCGCUCGCUGACGACUUCUGCAAAGUUCACUUGUUCGCCUAUCCGUGCUCCAGAGCCAAGGCUCCCAGCCAUAAGUACAGCGCCCACAGCAGUCAUGUGACCAACGUCAGCUUCCUGUUUAACGACAGUCACCUGGUCUCGACGGGCGGGAAGGACACGAGCAUCAUGCAAUGGCGUCUGGUGGAGAAGUCGUCUCUGUCUCUGGCUGACGGCCUCCUCUCUAACUCCGCCCCCCGCAGGGUGGACCCUGUCUUCACUCCGCCCCCUCCCGCAACAACAGCCACACCCACCGAGGAACCCGCCCCUCCCCCAACAGCCAAUGGGACCCAAGAAUGUUCCCCAGAAACCCCGCCCCCCACAGAGUUAGACCCACCCCCCUCAGAGCUAACCCCACCUCGUUCAGAGUCCACUCCGCCCCCCUCCGACAGCACAGUGAGUCUGAAGGACAGCCUGGACCCGAGUGACGACACAGCCACGCCCAGCGAUGAGGGGCUGCCCCCCCUAACCCCCCCCUCAUAGAGGCCAUUGCUCAGUGUGUGUGUGUGUGUGUGUGUGUGUGUUAGUCUAUCUUUGUGAGGACCAGGUUUAGAUCUUCAGUAUGAGGAACAGUUUGAGUUUUAGACUUAAGGUGUGAGGACGUUUGCAUUGUGAGGACGUCUGUGCAUUGUGAGGACGUCUGUGCAUUGUGAGGACGUUUGCAUUGUGAGGACGUUUGCGCAUUGUGAGGACGUUUGCAUUGUGAGGACGUUUGCAUUGUGAGGACGUUUGCGCAUUGUGAGGACGUCUGUGCAUUGUGAGGACGUUUGCAUUGUGAGGACGUUUGCAUUGUGAGGACGUUUGCAUUGUGAGGACGUUUCCGCAUUGUGAGGAUGUCUGUGCAUAUUUGAGGACGUUUGCAUUGUGAGGACGUCUGUGCAUUGUGAGGACGUUUUGUCGGUCCUCACUUUGGCUGUUUGAGGGUUCAGGUUUGGUUUUGAGGUCAGAGGUUGAGUUUGGUAUCGGGGGCGAAGGUCCUCACAAGGAUAGAAGUACAAACACAGGAGUGUGUGUGUGGUUGUGGCUGGGGGGGGGUGAACCUGCAGCCACAGCCACAUCUUUUCUCAACAAUCAGCUGUUAGAAUAAAGGGGAUGUCACAGUUUUAAACACCUGGAGAGUUAAACGCUGAUUUACCUGCGCAGAGACUGGAGGAGGAAACGUUACCUGUCACACCUAAAAUCUCUGUCGUUGGUUUCAAAACGUCGCCAUGGUGUCCAGAUGUUUAGUAGCUGAGCAGAGGACAGGUAGGGACACCUGAGCCAGGUGUGGCAGGUCCUCAGGUUCCCUCCUCCAAUGAGAGCAGAGCAGUUAACAGGAAGUGUCAGAGAGAACCUGCAAGUCUUAAAUGUUUUAAAUUAGGUUAAAAAAAUCUAAUCAAAGUUUUAUUGCUGUGUUAUUGAUUAUUGAUUAUUGUUUUUUAACAAUCAAAGGAAACGUUUGAAAUGCUGCGAAGAGUCUGAACAAAUUAAAGCAGGUGAAAGACUCCUUCAUUCCACCCAGUUUGCCAUGCUUUUAUUUUGUUAAGCUCAGACAACUCAAGACUUCCUGGCGGUGUUUCAUAAUAAAAGCCAUUUGGAAAGAGAUGGUAUGGUGGAAGGCUUUUAAUGCUAAACUUGCAGGAAGGAUGUACUACAGAAAACGAACGAGAGAGAACAGAAAUAAAAAGUGAAAGAGGAAAGGAAGGAAACAGUAAUGUCCGACAGCUGCAGGUUUCUCAGCAGCAGCAGCAGGUGUGUCGGCUGCAGCAGCAGCAAGUGUGUCGGCUGCAGCAGCAGCAGGUGUGUCGGCUGCAGCAGCAGGUGUGUCGGCAGCAGCAGCAGCAGGUGUGUCGGCUGCAGCAGCAGCAGGUGUGUCGGCUGCAGCAGCAGCAGGUGUGUCGGCUGCAGCAGCAGCAGGUGUGUCGGCUGCAGCAGCAGCAGGUGUGUCGGCUGCAGCAGCAGCAGAUACAUAGGCUGCAGGUUUCUCUGCAGCAGCUUCAGGUCUGUCUGUAUAUACUGCGGAUAUCUGUGUGUAUAUUUCUGGUCACCACCAGGGGGCGGCGGCUCCUACUCUGUAAAACAUUCAGAUUAAAAAAUAAUUUUCAACAGUUAGCCAAUCAGGUGAGAUGAUUCAAUCUGCCCUCAUCUGAUUGGCUGAUUUUUAGGACUCAGUGAAUGAAUGCUGAAGAUGUUUUUGUGUCUUCGUCUCUUCUGGACCAUUUCUGUUCAAAACGUUUCUGAAUGUCAGGAUGAUGUCAUUCUUUUAGGGGGGGGGGGGGGGGGGUCUUGUUCUUGCCUUUUUAAUAGUCAUCUGUCCGUCUUCGUGUUUUCUACGCUCGUGUCUGAAGGGCUUGUUCAGAGUCCAGGACUCACCUGGAUGUUCAGGGAGGGCGGGGCUGGGGGGGGGGCCUUGUGGGAGUUUCUGGAUUUAAGUGUUUGUUUAUUUUCAGCGUUCAGUAACAACAUUGAUACCAUGAUGAUGAUGAUGAUGAUGAUGAUCAUGUGACGAUAUUUUGAGCCAAUCAUGUCUUCUCUCAUGCAUUCCUGUCAGACGACAGACUGUACUGAAGAUUUCAACAAAAAAAUGCAAAUAAAUGUUUUGAAAACUGCGACAACGAAUCCGUUUGUAUUUAUUUUUCUGCUGUUACCAUGGCAACGGUGACGUUCGUGAUCACAAACAGUACAAACGUACAUCACGUUAUGUCAUCGUUUUCUUUAGCGACCAAUCAGAGACGUGAUCAUUAAACAUCAGCUGUGAUGUAACUGGUUAUUAAUUCAUAAAUCUGAUUAAUACAGAACAAUAAAUAUGAACUAAUGUGUAAUAAUUAUAAUCACUUUAUAAACAUAAACUAUGUUUUUAACUCAUUUUUCAUCUUUAGUGACAAAUGAUUUAUAAAAUAAUGUUUGUUUCUACGUUCUGAGAGCUGAACCCUGAGCUCCCACUGUUUGUGUUGACUUUGACCCCGAACACACACACACACACACACACACACACACACACACACACAGACACACACACACACACACACACACACACACACACACACAGACACACACACACACACACACACACAGACACACACACACACACAGACACACACACACACA